UCCAAUCCUCCGUUUGCCUCCAUCAUCGCCCUUCGUCCCACCCUCCAAUCAACCACCAUGGCAGUAUCAAGAGACCAUCUUGCCGAUCUUGACCGGCAUAUGCAGCUGCUGGAGGGCAAGGUCAACCAGCUUCACGCAUCUCUGACCCACUGGCAACAAACCUACUUCGAGUAUGCAGCACUCAAAGAGGAGGUGGACGGCUUGCCCAAGGACCCGUCUCCCCGCACCGAGCUUGCUCGCAUCCGACGCGACUAUGACGGCACUAUCAUCACCAAGAAAGAAAUCAACGAGAUUUUUGGCGAAAAUGAUCUCAAGGAAGCUGAUCAAAUUUCCAGUGUCCUCGGUCGCCGUCUCGAUUACGUUGAGAAGAACGUCGAUACGCUGACGAAGCUUGUUGAAACGGAGGAAAAUAAACUCGCGGCGGCAAAAGUCAUUGCCAACCCUGAUGGCGGCACAGAUGAAGAGACCGGUCUUCCCAUUACGGAUAUCAUUGAGGAACUGGAUGACGAAGAUAAUAUCGUUCAGUACCGCCUGCAGAGCGGAGGUGAGGUCGGUAGGAGGGUCGAGGAAGCUCUCAAAAAGGCCGGCAUCGAGAAGCUCCCGGAAACCCAGGCCGAUCUUCCUCAGGCUCAGGCCAAAUCCAACACCACACAAGAGAACCAAUCAGUCGAGCAACAUCAACCUACUGCUACCUCUGCCGCUGCUGCAUCUACUACCACGAGCGAAUCCUCGAGCACGACUCCGAUUACACCAUCUACAAGCUCCGGAAAGAGUGUCACGUUUGCCGAUGAUACCAAGUCCGUCGACCAAUUGCCGACUACAGCUGGCAAACUCACGCAGCUCAUGCAAAAGGUCAAAGAACAGGAUGCAAUGGAUAUGUCGAAAGCUGUGAUACCCAAGGACGAGUCGGAGGACGAAAGCCAGUUGCGCGCCGACAUGCUCCAGUACAUGCAGGAAGAAAUCCAUCCCAUCGUUGCUGAACUCGAGAUUGACGAAGGGUCCACCGAGGAUGAGAAUGCGGAGUGGGAUGAAUAUGAGGACGAGCUAGAAGAGGAUGACGAUGAUGAGGAUGAGUUUGGACGCUCCAAGCAUAGCGUGAUCACCAGUGAUUAUAUUCAGCGCAUGCAGGAGCUUGAGAAGCGCUUGGGCUUCAAGUCUGCGUUCACUGUCGAGCGUCAGAAGCCCCAGCAACCGGAUGAUGAAGAUCGCAAGGAUGCUGGUGGCGGCUACAUCACUGUUGUCAGGGAACCUCGCUCAACGCCGGUAUCGGUAUCGGCGCCAACACCAGCGCCGGAGAACACUCAGUCAGAGCCAACCGCCUCGUCUCUGAAGUCCAAGGGGAAGGCAAAGGAGAAGAAGGGUGUGCGGUUCGCCACAGAGCUGGACAUUGCCCCUGAGGAGGAAAUUCAGCCGGCUGUGCAGCCGAAGCCCGCUGCGCCAAAGGUGCCCUUAGUCAAUCCUGUUGGGGGUAUUGUCGAACAUGGAGCUGUGGCUAGUAACCCGACAACGCAAGAGCAGGAGCCGGAAGAGCCAGAGCCUCCCAAGCGUGUGUCACGGUUUAAGAAAGAACGAGCGUCAACCGGGAAAGCUGCUGCUCCGGCCGCGGCAUCCCCACCUCCUGGCCCGCUCCAGCUACCGCAGCGUUUCCGCGAGUCUCAUUCGGCCCCUCCUGCCGAGCCCACUCCUCCCGAGGAUCAAAUUCUGGUCAAUCAGGUUGUCGAGAGAAAUGUCCUGUCUGCGCCGCAGGAGCCGGAUGACAUGGACGACGAGCUCCUGUACCGGGCGGCGGCGGUUGAAUACAAUCGGUUGCGGAAUCGCAUGAUCCAGAAGGAGGGAGGCUUUAUGAAGCCCGAGGAGGAACAACCCGUCGUCCCGCUGGACGAGGAAGAAGGCGGUCCGCCGCGCAUGAGCAGAUUUAAGGCGGCUCGUUUGGCCAGAUCAUGAUGGCCUGGUUGAUCUGAUACCCCUCAUGUUCUGGUCCGUCCAAGAGGUUGUCGGCAGUGUCGAUUUACAGCAGGAAUGAACUAUAUCAGCACCCUCGCUUGCCUUUUGGCAUUAUCUGUUCCUGACGAUUUCUUGUUCGCGAUCAUAGGCACCACUUCUUUGUCUAUCUCCCUGAUCAAAUUAUGCGAUUGUGCGUUAUGGACUAAC